AACUUAAGUACUAUGUAUUGAUAUCGAUAUAUCUAGUAGUUAUGAGCUACAUAAUGUAUGUAAGGAGUUCAGCAUGUUAAUAUAUGUAUUUGCCCAAGUAGAUAGACACCUUGAACCACUCUGCUCGUAUCAAUCAAAGUACCAGACGACUGGCCUUUUCCAUGAUAUAUAGAGGGUUCUUGGCAACUUCCUUGGCAUGGUUGCAGUCUCUUACAGUACAUGGCUGCACUGCACUAUGGACAAUAAAUUUCAACACUUCGUCGUUUGCCAUAUGUCGUAGUAUACUGUAUGCUAUCAAAAGAGGCUCAAGUUGUUCGAUUAGAGAGUGGGGCAGGUCCAAUUCUCAGCAAUAUACUACCUACGGUAGGGUAUAUCUUGGGUAGGAAUAUAAGGAAUAUAUUCCUUUGGCAAGGAAUCUGUAAAUAUAUAAGAGUUAAAUAAAGCAACUACUAGUAGUAGUAACUACCAAAAUUAAAGUAAGAGUUGCAUCAGAUACUGUAGAGAAACAAUAUCACUUCUGUAAAGAACAUCAAAGAGGCAGCCUGUCCCAUCAAUGACGUUUAGCAACUAAAACAAAUGCUUUAUCAUAUUGGUGACAAUAAUUAAUAGGCUGAUCAAACGUCGGCUUGGACGAUGAAACUAAUAAAGAAUACAGGGAGGUACCAUAUGAAGGUGACGCAAUAGUUAGAUAGAGUAUGAUUGAAUUAUGGUUAGAAAGACAGGAAGCCGAAG